UAUUUAUGCGUGAUCUAGAUACUCUAACCAGACACGCUAUUAUAUAUUUACAUGUAAGUUGCAUGCUCGGAGAGAUUAAUUAGUAGAUAGAGAGAAAUGAAUAAUGAUAAGAAACAGAAUAGUUCAACACCAAAGCUUUGUCUGAACAACAAGUUCCCGAGCAAGAAAAGGGAGCCACUUGGAAUGCUAACGCCGCCGCUGCACAGCUUCGUGUCGAUACCGUUCGAGUGGGAGGAGGCACCGGGGAAGCCGAGAACCACCGCGGCGGUUAACACCAACGGAAAAGGUUGCGGACUGCCAAAGUCCAAGACCGUGAGGUGUUUAGUACCACCUCCGCGGUUAACUAAUGUCAGUACUACUAGUAAAGUUACCAAUAUGCCCUCGCCAACGACGGUGUUGGAUGAGCCUUAUAGUAUAGGCCGAUCGUUUUCAUCGAGUGGUGGAAGAUCAUUUUGGAGCCCGGAAGGGCAGAAAGGUAGCCAGGGGAGGUCUAGCUUCAGCUCAUCAUGCAGGCGAGGGCGGAGUAACAAGGACAGUAGAGUUAGCGGUGUGGAGGGUAGUAUGGACUUUUCAUCGGUGUUCGAAAAUUCGGUAGAUAAAGGGAAGGGUACUAAAACACGGAGGUUAAGAAGGAGAUCAAACAGCUUCUUGAUCGUUUCCUCUGCGAGCUCUAAAGUAUUGUCGAGUAUUUACGAAAGCAUUAAGCAAGUGCCGUGGAAACGCAUUCCAGAAAAGAUAAGAAGGAUGAGUUCUUGAAGAUUCAUUAAGUACUUGUCACGCUCAGGGAGCCUCUAUAGUAGUAUGAUAUAUCUUUAAUUCUUGUAAUCAGAAAGCAAAAGUCUCCCUCGUCCGAUCCACCGUAGAUCUUAUAAUUCAAAAUUUAAACUUAGAGAUCUCAUAUAGGAUGAAGUAGAAUUUGUUGCAUAAUUUGGGAGGAGACAAGUAGGUGUUACUGAAAUUCAACUUGUGUGUGCUCUAGAUCAUAAUGUAUGUGAAAGCGGCUAGCUGUCAUUCUCUUGA